GUGCCCCCCUCCCGGCAAACACGCCGCGCGGGAGGGCACCGAGCCGCACGCCUCGCCGUCUCCCCUGCACGCCGCCAGCCCAGCCGCUUCCCCCCCGGCCGCAUCGCGCAUGCCGCCGAGCUGCAGCAGGGAGAGCCGCACGCGCUCCUUCGCCGCGGCAGAGACGCCCGACUCGACCGCCCUGCUCUCCCCCGGCUCUCUCUCCGGUGGCUCGGGGGGCGCCACCGACGCCGACGCCGCGCCGGCGAGGCGAGAGCGGAAGGACAUCGGGGCUUCUGUUGGGCGGUCGGAGAGGCCCUGCGGCUCCGCAGCCGCGGCCUCGGCGAUCUCGGCGACGGACGAGGAGGGCAGCGAUGUGAGAGCGGACGCCUCGACGCGGAGGAGUGUGCCGAAGUCGCCCCCGCCCGCCAGCAGCGGCAACGCGCUCGCCGCGCAUUCUGCCGGCUGAGCGCGCGGCGCGAGGUGAGGGUAACCUGCUCACACGUGCGCCUCGGUGAGCAGCGCCGGCGCGCGGCGUGUGGAGGAGCUCGCCGCGAGAGGAAAGCGUGGCCUUCCUCUCCCUCGCCAGCCGGAACGGGUCGAGCUUGCGCCGGCUCGCAAUGACGGCGACCAGCGGCUCUCCCUUGACAAAGACUGCGAGGGACUUGACUGGCAAGCACCCCGCCGGCUCCGCCUCGGACGUACGGACGAGGGACGCACGAGCGGCCAGGCCAAGCUUGUGUAGGGCGACCUGCACGUCCGCGGCACCAAGAGGAGGAGCGGCGCCCUCCUCGCCCUUCGCCAAGCCGGCGGCCGCCUCGGCGGCGACUGCUUCCGCUUG